AUGUCUGAGAGUUCAGAAACAAGAGAAAGGGUAACGAAACCACAGAAGAAGAAACUCGGCAGGGUAGGUGUUUUACGGUGGAGGUGAAUUGUGUUGCUUUUGUUUCUUUGCAGCCUGCGGAGUGAGGCCGCAGCGCGCAAUGGGGUAAUUGAUUUUGAUUUUGUUUUUUGACUGUUUUCCGUGAACUUUUGAGGUUGUUAGGCUUGAAAAAGGCGUUUUUACUAUUUUAAAAUGACGUAUUCAGCUUUUGUUAACUAAACCCUAGGUUUUACCUUUCUUUUAAGGUAUAAAUCAACCUUUUUCUAACGGCUUUUUAUAAUUUGCUUUGUGUUUUUCUUCAUUACCUUCUUGUUUUCCUCAAUUUAUGUCCACUUUUCAGGGUGAAAUUGUCGAAACAAGCCAUGCCAGUUACGAAGUUAUCUUACUCUUGGGCGAAGGUGGAUUUGGCGCAGUUUACCGAGUCAAAAACAAAUCAACCGGCGAACAGUUCGCCAUGAAAGUGGAGUAUUCGUCGAUUAAGAAGAGCAAGUUGAAGAUGGAGAUUGCCAUUCUGAAGUCGCUCGACUUUAAAUGCAAGCACUUCACUCGGAUCGAAGGCAGAGGACGUGGCAAGAAUUUUCAGUUUGUUAUCAUGACUUUAGUGGGGCCAAGUUUGGAAGAUAUGCGACGAGAACGGCCGAAGAAGGUCUUCAGUUUGGGGACGGCGUUCGGAGCUGGAAUUCAGUGUUUAGAAGCGAUUCAAGAGUUGCAUCAGCAGAAAUACCUUCAUCGUGACAUAAAACCGGCCAAUUUUGCUAGAGGUUUGGAGAUUUUUAGGAGAAUCGUGAGUUUUUGCCUUUUUUUGUGUCCUGUUUUUAGGUAAUGAAGACUGAUGGUGAAUAUGUGAGUGAAUUUAAUGGAAAUAAAGGUUUUUAAAGGUAAAAUAGGUAUGAAAACAAAUUCAAAAUAUUUUUUUCACUUUUCUGAUGUAAACCUGCUUAAAAAAAUUAUGUUUUCUCGGUGUUUCUCAAUUUUUCAAUAAGUUGUUACCUACAACAAGGUAAAUUGAAGAUUUUGUAAAUCCUAGUGAAGGUUUAAGCUCCAAAAUGAUAAAGCAAGCAAGAGUAGUGCUUUUUCUAAAUUUUAGAACAUGUGUUCACGGCCGGGGUUGCGUGAGCGUUAUGGAGUUGAGAUUUUUAUAUUACACUUGACAUCAAAGUGAUGUCUUAUAGAUUCCUAUGGUUUUGGAGGUUGUUUUAGUUUUAAAUUAGUAAAUUAAGACAGAAUAACGUAUGAUAUUAAUAUUGACACGUUGUUUUGUAUACAAAUUUGCGUAAGAUUAAAGAUAAUGGGCUUUAUAUAUUACACAUGAGAGUUUAGUCUAAACUUUUUGGUUUUCUUGAUUUUUCAGUGGUUUUUAGCUUUGAACUAGUAAAUUAUUACUAAAUUUUGCUUUUUUGGUGAUUUAGUUUAUGUUUUUGAUCUCAGGUGUACCUUCUGGACUUUGGAAUCGCCCGAAAAUUCACAAACGAGGAGGGAGAGUUGAAAACGCCGAGAAAGAAGGUCUAUUUCAAAGGGACGGUACGAUUUGCGGCCAUAAAUUGUCACAAAGAGAUUGAGUUGGGCCCCAAAGAUGAUGUGGAAAGCUGGAUCUACCUUUUGUUGGACAUUUUAGUGCCAGGUGGACUACCGUGGAGAGGAUUGGAGACCAAAGACGAAGUGCUACAGUCGAAGAAGGCCAGCAGGAAACCGGACGUCAGAAACAAGGCAAUGUUCGGAAACAUGAAGUGUGAUAUUAUACUGGGCAAGGUCAUUGACUAUGUGGAUGGACUAGCCUACUCGGAUCAUGUUGACUACGCGUAUAUUGUGGACUUGUGCAAGCUGGUAAGGAUUUUGAAUUUUGUGGGUUUUAGGGUGGGUAUUGAUGGUAGGGUAGGGUAAUGUAGGGCAUGGUAAGGCAGAGUCGGGCAGUAUAGUUUGAGAUGAAAUUGGGACAGGGUACUAUAAGGUAUGGCAGGGUACUUUUAACUAGGCCAGGGUGGAGUAAGAUAUGGUGGGGUUAUGAAUAUUGAUUUACAAAUUGCCAUUUCAGGCUUGUUCGGCGUGCCAAGGAAACACUGAAGACCUGUACGAUUGGGAGAAGGCAGACUAA